UUUACCACUCGGAGAUCCCAGCUGACGAGGCCUAAAUAACUCCCUCUCUCUUUCAUCAUAAAUAAAUAAACAAGAAAAUGAGGUUAAGGUCGGGGUGGUUGUGACUAAGUGGCGGUGACAGUGUCAGAAGAAAGAUACCUAAUUUCCUUUUUUUUUUUUGAUACAUGGUAUUCAAAUAUACAUAAUACAUUUAUCAAGAGAGCUUGUUCUUUAGACAUCUGAUAGCUCCUGUUAAUCAGGUGGUUAAUCUAAAUAAUUGAUUGGAUAAAACUUGAAACAUUAUGUCUGAGACUCGGUCUGAGACUAGUGUAGCCACUGGCGAGCUGAAGUUGGUGUGCAGUCUCUAUGACUUCAAAGCCACACAUGCCAAAACUAUCAGCUUUAAGGCCAAUCAACUUUUUAUUCUACAACAAAUAAACAAAGAGCACAGAAACUGGUGGGAAGUUAUUGAUGUACAAGGGGACGUUGGAUACAUUCCUUCAAAUUAUGUGAAAAUUAUUACUAUCACUCCUGCAUUUUAUGUGAAAUUUUUGGAUAUGGUGCUAGAAAAUUUAGAAAAGCGAGGUAGCGAAGAAAUGGUAAUGGGAUUGAAGACUCAGACCAUGGCUAGAAUUAAGGAAUUGAGAAGUCAGGCGGAACAAAUUCAAGAAAGUCAUAGUGCGACUUGUUCUGCACCUAACGUCCAUAAUGUUAAACCUAAUUGUACCCCUACUGUAAAUAAAGAUUCAAAAUCACACCUCAAUUCAAACUCGGAUGCUUUCACCAAAUAUAAUAAUUCACCAGUUUGUGAAGAUAUAUCUCCUGUUGUAGUUGAAGGCCCCACUGAGGCUGUUACAGAAGACUUAGAUAGUCUUGAAAAAGGAACUGAGGAAGUGAAAUCUGAAAUUUAUGAAGUCAAUGAAUUAGAAUUACAAAAGCCAGUUACAAACGAUUCAUUUUUAAAUGUAUCUCCAGUUAUAACUUCUCAGUCUGUAUACGAACUGAUCGAAAGUGUAAGGAUCAAUACUAACCUCUCACAUGAAAAGUCAGGAGUUGCUGUGGAAACAGUUGUACAAGGACUACAUGAGCUGUUGCCCGCGUCCAUUUUUCCUUAUUUAAGUACGAUUUUAACGCACUGUCAGUCUUGUCUAGUCGUUGAUGAUGCUCAAAUUGAUCAAACUCAUGAUGCUAGUCGUUUAAAAAUUAUAUUUAAAGGGUUAACUAACUGUAAGGAUGACUCAGAACAGAGAAGUUGGAUGUUACAUGAAGACGAGGGUAUUAUAAAAGAAUAUAUUACUGAACUUAAUUCUAUUUUGUCAAAUGCAGAUGUACGAAUAUCACGCCACGUGAUAUCUUCUGAUCAAUUCCAUGCAAUAACGACUUUGAUCGAAUAUUAUCAAAUGGAGGUUCGGUGGCCUAUUAGACAACUUUUGUUACAAGCGUUUGGCGUGUUAUGUAGUUUGGAUAAAACUAUCAUUGAUAUUAUGUUAAAUUCUGUACUACCUGGGGAACUAGCAAGGGAUAUGAUGGCGAACCCGCGCAAUAUUACCAAAUUAAAUUAUUCAGGAUCAGUAUUGAUCAUGAUAUUUUCAACAGGUGACCCUAUGCCUGUCACUGAUUUAGAUUAUUUCAGUCAGCAGUUCUUAAGAUUCGUCUUCCACAACAUAGAAUGUCCGAUAGUAACCGAUGUGGACGACCAAAUUCCAGAUUUGUUUCUCAACUUCAUACUCGCAUUCAAUCUUCAAUUUAAAGAAGAGUGUUCUAAUCCGAUCAUAAAUGUACUUGAAAGUCAAAAACAAGCCCAAACGAUUUGUGAAAAAUUGUUGUUAUUGUUGAACAGAGAAGAGGAUCCAAUUAGAAUAUUCGAACAUGAACCGGCCCCUCCACAUUCUUUGUUGAAACUGUUUAAGGAUAUUUUCAGUCAGCCUACGACAGCUGGGUUAUUUUAUACUAACGAUGCCAAAGUUUUAAUCGAUAUUACUCUUAGAAAUAUUACAAACCUCUCUUCUGGCGAUCAAAAGCGCACUGAGUACUUGGAACUAAGUAGAAGAAUAUUAAGGAACACAAAUUACCAUGAACAUAAGCAUAAAGUGAACGAACUUCUCAAAUGUUUUACACAAAUCUUGAAGGAAGAAAAUAUCCUGAGCAAACCGGAUCAGAAUUUAGUCAAUGAAAUAUUCACCGAAUUCCCACAAUAUUUCAGUGCUGGGUUCCCACAAUCAGACUUGCCGAUGGGCGAACAAGAAGGAAAUAAUUAAUCCUCAAAGCUGCGGAUGAUAUAUAAAGCUGAAUUUCAAGAAGAAGGGCAUUUUUCCAAAUAUUAUACCAAAGUUCAACGACUUUUAUUUUUAAUGAUCUUACUGUGAGCACCGUUUGAAGCAUGAAAACUAAUAUUAAUCUUAUAUUUUCCAUACAUAUUUGUUAGUAUGAUCCUUAUUUGUAAGAAUAUAUCACAUAUUGAUAUGUAUUAGUCAUUUCGGUAAAUAAAAUGCAUGUUAUUUUCUGUUUUA